CCACACUCUCAAGCAUACAUAAAAAUAUCCCCUCAAUCGCAAUGGCGCUGCCUCCAAAGAUCUUGAUCGUGGGAGGAGGAGUCUUCGGCCUAUCCACGGCACAAUCGCUGAGCAAGAGGCACCCGGACUCGCAGAUCACGUUGGUCGAGGCAUCACCCACCAUUCCGAACCCGCAUGGUUCGUCUGUGGACACAUCGCGCAUUGUGCGUGCAGAUUAUGCGAAUGCUGCAUACGCCAGGCUAGCCGAUACGGCGAUUCAGCGCUGGCGAACUACGGAAUGGGGUCGUGAGGGCCGCUACACGCAGAAUGGUCUGCUGCUCGUGUACCCCGAAAACAGUGCCAGCGCUAAAGAGUAUGCGCGCAAGAGCUAUGCCAAUGUGCGUCGCAUCGAGGGCGAUAAUGUCAUCCUUCUCCCGACUAAAGAGGAUGUUCUCCGUGUCGUCCCGCUGUAUGGCGAGACGUUCGAUGUGGCUGGUGGGUAUGUGAACUGGGGCUCUGGCUGGUCGGAUGCUGCAGCUACUGUGCACUUUGCGAAGGAGCAGCUUGAUCGCGAGGGAAAGGUCACUUUCCGCACGGGUGAUGUUGAGCGUGUCUUGUACGACACAUCUGGUGCUAAACCGCGGGCUACCGGUGUUGCCCUGGCAGAUGGUACCACCAUCACGGCCGACCUGGUCGUCCUCGCUACAGGUGCAUGGUCAUCCAAGCUUGUUGAUCUGCGCGGAAAAGCCGUCGCAACUGGCCAGGCGAUCGCUUACAUCCGCAUCUCAGACGCCGAGCAGCGCGAGCUCGAAAAUCUGCCGACUAUCCUGAACUUUGCCACGGGCAUCUUCAUCAUCCCGCCGCGGGACAACCUGCUCAAGAUUGCGCGCCAUGCGUAUGGGUACCGCAACCCGAGAUCUAUUCCUGUACCUGGUGCGGCUGGAGAGACGAUGCAGGUUAGUCUUCCUGAGCCGGGGGCGCCAGUGCCGCUGGAAGGAGAGGAGGCAUUCCGGGUAGCGUUGAAGCAGCUGCUGCCGCGGUUUAUGGACCGUCCAUUUGCUGGUACGAGGAUUUGUUGGUAUACCGAUACGCCUAAUGGUGACUUUAUUGUUUCAUACCACCCCGCUUACGACGGGCUCUUCCUUGCCACGGGUGGUAGUGGACACGCGUACAAGUUCUUCCCUGUUAUUGGAGACAAGGUCGUCGAUGCUAUGGAGGGCUCGCUUGACCCGGAAUUGCAGAAGAUGUGGGCUUGGACUGAGGUUACCACGCCUGCAGCGAAUGUCGAUGAUCUGUUUGAUGGAGAUGGAAGCCGAUCUGGGGACAGGAACCCCAUUUUGAAAGAUGAGUUGGCAAAGACCAGGAGGGGUGACAGAGCCAGUGUACUAUAA